UGGAGGAAUGAAUAGCUUAGAGAGACAAAUAGGGAGAGAGAUCCACAGAGAGAGAGGGGAGGGGGAGAGUGACUAUAUGGGGAUCAGUGAGGAAACGACUUAAUUGGAACAACAUCGGGAUUAUCCGCCUUGUUACAACAUAAGGACGACAUUUCCAGCUUUUCCUACUUGAGCUGAAGGACAUACAGACUAGUUUCCGUUGCGGUAAUAUCUCACAGUUUUUAAUACGAAUGUUAGCACAAUGAAAAAAAGGAUCUGAGGAUGCAGAAGAAAGUUAGCAACUUUACCCCAAACUGCCCCAGGUAGUUUGUUUGGCUGCUGGACUGCAAUCAUGUAACCACCUUUGAGCUAUGAACUCAGAAGGAUUUGACCUUUUCUGGAAGCAGUGCAGGACACGGUGAAGAACAGCUCGUAGAGGCUGCGAGGAGAACUCUCAAUAACUCCCAGGGCAGUGAGGUUUAUUUGUGCUCCUUGUCUCGUCCGAGCCGUUUGCAGCUUUUACCUGUCCGGUCAAACAUGGCAAGACUCCGGAGAAAAGCUUGCAUAGCUCUGCUUCUCUUCACCAUAUUCAUCUUUGGGACCAUGAUGGGACUGAGGACUCUGAAGCCCACUGACGGCUUCUCGGAUCUUGCGCCGGGCUUGGACCCCCUGCCGAUGAUGGCAGGGAAGGUGGACAGGCGCUCCGUGUCCCGGGACGCCACCUCACCCCCGGGUCAAGCCCAACAGCCUGCAGGCAGCAACACGAAAGCAGUUUUGUCCAACUCCGGCCCCGAGGGGACCAUAUUUUACGAUGUUCAUAUAUUUUAUUACACCUGGUACGGCACCCCGCACAUGGACGGCAAAUACAUUCAUUGGGACCACAUCCUGGUUCCACACUGGGACCCGAAAAUCGCAUCAAGCUAUCCGAGAGGCAGGCACAUGCCCCCCGAGGACAUCGGCUCCAGUUUUUACCCCGAGCUCAGUCCGUACAGCUCCAGAGACCCGGACGUGUUGGAGUCCCACAUGGAGCAGAUUGGGGCUUCCGCAGCAGGGGUCCUGGUCCUGUCCUGGUAUCCUCCCGGCCUGGCUGACGAUAACGGGGAACCCGCUGAGGAUUUAGUACCAGCUGUACUGGAUGCUGCUUAUCGACACAACCUCAAGGUUGCAUUUCACCUCCAACCGUACAGAGGACGAAACGACCAGACUGUGCAUGACAACAUCAAAUAUAUCAUCGACAGGUACGGUGACCAUGGAGCCUUUUACAAGUUUACUACCAGCACAGGAAAGAGUCUUCCUCUCUUUUACGUCUACGACUCCUACCUGACUCCACCAGAGUCCUGGUCUGAGUUCUUGACUCCCACCGGCUCACACAGUGUGCGCGGCUCAGCCUACGACUCCAUCUUCAUCGCCCUGAUUGUGGAGGAGCGGCACAAGCACGACAUCCUCGCGGGCGGCUUCGACGGCAUGUACUCGUACUUCGCCUCCAACGGUUUCUCCUUCGGCUCCUCUCAUCAGAACUGGAAGGCCAUCAAGGCUUUUUGUGACGGCAACAACCUGCUCUUCAUCCCCAGCGUCGGACCGGGUUACAUCGACACCAGCAUCCGGCCGUGGAACAACCACAACAUGCGCAACAGGGUGAACGGGCGCUACUAUGAGACGGCCCUGCAGGCGGCGCUGAACGCGAGGCCCGAUAUGGUCGCCAUCACGUCUUUUAAUGAAUGGCACGAGGGGACGCAGAUAGAGAGGGCGGUGCCUAAAAAAACAGUGACCCGUGUGUACCUGGACUAUCAGCCUCAUGGACCCGAUCACUACCUUGAGCUGACUCGGAACUGGGCUGAGCAGUUCAACAAGGAGAAGGAGCAGUGGCUCAUGUGAGCGCUCAUCAAAGUGACUUAACACAGCAUGCUUUAGUGGAAGUGUGUUUACGUGAAAGAGUCAAGUGAAUGUAGAGAUUGAUCUGUAUGGAUGUGAGUGCAUAAGGACAUGCUUUUAACUUUAACUUUGAUUGACUUGACUAUGGGAGAGUUUCUGCAGGCGUGUUUAAAUCUGCACACAUGCUGAUCUGAGAGAACACGACUCUGUGUUGGUGACACAAAGUUUGUUUUCAGGUAAAGCUGAAUUCUGCAGAAUUGUUCCAUUUUCUAAAAAAAAAAAAAAAAAAAAGAAAA